AUGGCGCCACCUGACGAUCCACCUGCUGGAGGUGCUGCUCCAGCUCCGGUUGCUGCACCUGUGAAUUUGCCCCUGACAGGCAUUUCCCCACCGUCUGCUCUUGAUGUUGAAGACGGUGAUGUCAUUGGUAAUUGGAAACUCUGGAAGCAAAUGUGGUCCAACUAUGUCGUUGUUGCAAAGCUUGAAGGACAACCAGAACAAUUCCGAAUCGCGCUGUUUCUACACUCGAUCGGUGCAAAAGCCCUGAGAAUUUAUAUUGCCAUGCAAUUUGGUGUGGGUGAGGACGAGAACAUUCUAGCUCACAUUGUCAAGAAGUUUGACGAUCAUUUUAUUGGAGAAACCAACGAAACCUACGAACGUUACAACUUUAAUAGUCGAAGUCAAGGUCCGUCUGAAAUGAUUGAGAGUUAUGUCACAGCUCUCAGGAUACUAGCUCAAACUUGCAAUUUAUGUGACUGUCUUAAAGACACUCUGUUACGAGAUAGAAUUGUGCUUGGGGUGAAUGACAAUCGUACCCGCAAACGACUGUUGCAAGAACGUGCUCUUACGCUUAAGAAGUGCAUAGACAUUUGCAGGAGCAUAGAAACUUCAGCUUCUCAGUUGAAAAGCCUUAGUGGUGACAAAGAUAAAGCUGACAUAAAUCGCGUUUAUAGUAAACCAAAAGGUCAAAAGUCUGCGAGUAGUCGAAACAAGUCUAGUUUCAGUUCAUCUAAGCCUAACUUCUCUCGUGGAAAACGUGACAUUGACUGUAAGUUCUGUGGUUACCAUCAUGUCAAGGAUCGUGAGAAGUGUCCAGCAUGGAAGAAAGAGUGUAAUCUUUGUCAUGGUCCUGAUCAUUUCUCAAAAUGUUGUACGAAUACAGACAAGUCAAACUCUCAUCGAACCUCUAGGUGUAGCAAGCCUAAACUUAACUUUGUUCAAGACGAUUCCCAGUCUGAUACAGACUCCGAGAUCAUUGGUAGUAUAAGUUCUGUAGACAAUACCAAGUCGUGUGACAAGCAAAUCUUUGCCAAAUUUCUUGUCGACGAUCAGCCCGUGAAAUUUCAGAUCGAUUGUGGAGCGUCCGUGAAUGUACUUCCGAGAAGGUACAUUGCAGCCCGAGGUGUAGCGAACUGCUCAGUAAAAACUCUCAGAAUGUGGAACAAUUCUGAAAUCAAGACAAUCGGAAAGUGUCGUGUUACUAUCCGUAAUCCUAAGACUAGGAAAAAGUACUCUGUUGAAUUCGUCAUUGUGAAUGAACCGUUUGUGCCAUUACUUGGAGCUCAGGCUAUACAACAAAUGAAGUUGAUCACCGUCAAUACUGAUAACUUUACUGUUGCUGCUGUGUCUGAGUCCGAUCACCUCAAGGAUCCGUUGUUGCUAAAGUAUAAGCAAGUGUUUUGUGGUGAUGUUGGCACUCUGCCAGGUAAAGUCCACCUGGAGACUGAUGGUUCAACUAGUCCGAAGAUAUUGCCGCCGCGCAAGGUACCAGUCGCCAUUAGGGACAAGUUUAAUGUAAAACUCGAUCAUUUAUGUGAUGUGAAAGUGUUGGCCCCAGUAGAUGAGCCUACUGACUGGGUUAGCCAAUUUGUCGUUGCGACUAAGAAAAAUGGCGAUCUGAGAAUCUGUACAGACCCUGGUCCGCUAAACCAGGCAUUGAAAAGGGAACACUAUCAAAUUCCUGUCAUUGAUGAUGUACUCCCUGAACUUGCCAAAGCCCGAGUGUUCUCAAAGUUUGAUCUUAAAAAUGGCUAUUGGCACUGUGAACUUGACUCUGAAAGCAGCCUGUUAACUACUUUUCAGACCCCCGGAGGCCUUUACCGUUGGCUUCGUUUACCGUUUGGACUCAGUUGCUCGUCUGAAAUUUUUCAGAAGCGUUUGUCGCAAGCCCUAGCUGGGCUACCCGGUGUCUACUGUAUACAUGAUGACAUUUUCGUCUGUGGGUUUGGUGAAACCGACGAAAAAGCGUACGCCGAUCAUGAUGUUACUUUGGAGAAGUUUCUCCAGCGCUGUGUUGAGAACAGAAUUUUGCUGAAUUUGCCUAAGACUGAACUUAGGAAAUCUGAGAUCAUCUUUAUGGGACAUCGUGUCACUAAGGAUGGACUCAUGAUGGACCCCAACAAGGUCAAAGCUGUUCUGGAGUUAGACAAGCCGGAUGGAGUUGAGUCGAUGCGCCGCUUUCUUGGAUUCGUCAAUUAUCUUGCGAAAUUUCUGCCAAUGUUGUCCGAAGUUCUAGAACCUGUUAGAAAGUUGACUCUUAAGGAAACACAGUGGUCUUGGACCCAUGUCCAUGACAAAGCUUUCGCUGAAGUGAAGCGUCUUGUUACGAUAGACCCUGUCCUAGUGUAUUACAAUCCUAAAGUGCCUCUUGUGAUUCAAGGAGACGCGAGUGAGAAAGGUUUAGGAUGUGUUCUUCUCCAAGAAGGCCGUCCGUUAGCAUAUGCAAGCCGUGCACUAACGUUAACAGAGACUAGGUAUGCUCAGAUUGAGAAAGAGAUGCUUGUGGUUGUGUUUGCCCUGGAAAAAUUCAACCAGUACACGUUUGGCCAAUUUACGACCGUACUUAGUGACCACAAACCUUUAGAAAGCAUCCUAAAGAAGCCCCUAGUGAGAGCCCCGCGAAGGCUCCAAGGCAUGAUUUUGCGAGCGCAAAAGUAUGAUUUUGAAAUUCAAUAUCUAAGAGGAAAAGAGAUGUAUAUCGCUGACAUGUUGUCGCACUCCUACCUCCCCUGUGAGGACAGCACUCAAGUCGAAUUUGAGCAAAUAAACAUAGUGAAGUUUCUUCCCAUCAGGUCUGAGAGGCUUGAAGAGCUUCGAGUUGAAACGGCAAAUGACAGUGUUUUACAACGUUUAAACCGAGUUGUGCUUAAGGGGUGGCCGGAGCGCAAGGAAAACUUGCCGCAUGUUGUUGUGCCUUACUUUCAUCUCCGAGAUGAAAUAUCUUCGCAGAAUGGACUUCUGUUCCGGGGUGAGCGUGUUAUUGUGCCCACCAAACUCCGCAGCAUGAUGACAAAACUAGUUCACACGUCUCACCUUGGAGUUGAAUCAUGUUUGCGUCGUGCCAGAGAAGCACUGUACUGGCCAAGGAUGUCCAGUGAACUGAAAGAAUACAUUCAGUCUUGUGAGAUAUGUCGUGAAUUUGAGAGCUGUCAGCAGAAAGAGACACUACAGAGUCACGAGUUGCCAUCACGACCUUGGGAAAGGGUUGGAUGUGAUUUGUUCGAAUGGGACAACAAAGACUAUCUAAUAACUGUAGACUAUUUUAGCAAUUUCUGGGAAAUUGAUAGACUUCGUUCUACUUCUAGUGCAGCAGUUAUCCGAAAGCUCAAAGCGCAUUUCGCACGCUAUGGUUGUCCAGAAGAAGUUGUGAGUGACAACGGUGGACAAUUUGUCUCUGCAGAAUUUGCUAGUUUUGCUCUAAAAUGGGAUUUUGAUCAUGUCAAGAUUAGCCCGCGUCACAGUCAGUCCAAUGGUAAGGUGGAAUCCGCUGUAAAAGCCGCCAAGAGGACAUUGCGCAAGGCUAAAAAGUCUGGCACUGACCAGUAUCUCGCUGUGUUGGAGACGCGUAACACUCCUACACAAGGUUUAGAUUGCAGUCCCGCUCAGAGAAUGUUCAAUCGUAGAACAUGUACAUUGUUGCCUAUGACGUCAGCAAUGUUGCAAUGUAAACCAGUGGACACCGAUAUUCCUGAGAAAAUGGCCGAAGGACAAGCCCGUCAGGCCAAGUAUUACAACCGCGCAGCUAAAGAUCUGACAAGGCUACAGGAUGGAGACGUUGUUCGGAUGAAACCGUACAAAAAGGGAGACAAGAGUUGGAAAAAGGGUGUCGUACAGUCAGGAGAUGGAAAUCGUUCUUACAAGGUCGAAACUGAUACGGGAGUUUUCUGUAGAAAUCGAAUAGAUCUGCGUAAAACGUCCGAAGCGCCGCUUAGUUUGUCACAACAGUUCGAAGAGAUUCAGGAUGAUGUUAUUCUGACACCGGAAAUCGAUGUGUCUCAGUCUAGUUCUGAUAAUUCCGAAAGUGUUGUGCCUGACCCUAUUGUAGAGCCUCGCCGCUCCACAAGAGUGAGGCAAAGACCCGCUAAGUUCCAUGAUUACAUGAUGUGA